AUGUCGCUGAAUGAUGAUUCGCGCCCAACUACUCCGCACCAAUCGCAUCCACCGGCCGCGUCCAGCGCGCAGAAGGCAGAUCAGAUCGCUUCGCGUUUCUUCAUCAAGUUUCUUCUAAUCCUCGUCUCUUCGCGAUCAACAGCCAUCGAGCACGGGCCUCGCAGCACCAAAGUCGAUAAAUGGUUCAAUUUAGAAACACCAGAUACAGAUAUUCACAGAGACCAUAUGCGCCUCUUUCGUGCAAUUUCGUCUAUGAGCACACCGCCGACAUUGGUCAUUCACAUUGUCUUGACCAUUCCGGAACUGGGAUCAAACAAGGCUCUUGUCGCACUGGGGCCAUCCGAUCAAAGGGUCAAGAUUGAGCCGACACCCCGAGGGAUCCUGCUCGAGACUUGGACGCUUUCUGCCACCCAACUGGCCGGCGUCUCUGCCGGCUCCUCUUUGUCUUCCUCAGACCCAGGAGAGCUCUCUUUAGCUGCCGUCUACAAGCAUGCCAUUUCCCUCUUCCGGUCCCUGUACACGCUCUGCAGGCAACUCCCAGCAGCACGUUUGUAUCAACAAUACCGACAGCGUGCGGGCGUCACACACCCUUCGCCCUCUUCAUCGUUUGGGAUCGAUCUCAGGCUCCAACUUGACCAGGGUGUGCUUGCCUUUGACCCAUCGCCCUCAUCCCCGUGGCCUGCAUGGCUACAGACGAGCUCGCACGCGUUUCCCGGCCUUUCCACACCAUUGGGUAUCCUCAAGAUAUCUGUCCGAUACCUUACUCAGCCAAAGUUCCGAAUAGACACUUUAGAGUCGCUCAUCUCUUCAAGGCUAUUCCAUCAGGAUGCAGGCCAAAUCGAGGAAUCAGUAGCAUUUACGCCCACCGUACAAGCGCAUAGAGCCCGUGACUCUGCUGCUUCGUCGCCCAGUACAACAGGCAUCGCCAUGCGUGGUUCCCGUCAGCCAGUGACCGUUGGCCCUCGCCAUAGUCGAACGAUAUCCUUCCCGGCAUCUGGUGCUGCUGUCUCGCUCGCGAAAGCGACUCAGGAUCAGGCUUCCUCCAGAUCAGGCUCGGCGUCUGAUCGGUCGAUACACGCACCAUUGGUACCGAACACGAGCGCAGGCAGCAGUCCGCGCUAUGGAGGGUUCACACCUGCCUUCGUCACACCAGGCUCCCUUGGACGUGGUACACCACUGAAGCCUGGGCGAGAGAGCCUUGAGAUGCCCAAGGUCGGCGGUGCGGAACGAUCAUCUCCAGGUACCUCGACGUCGCCACCUUCGAAUCUUUCUCGGCUCCGCCCCGAAGGAGUUCGUCUGAACUCUCUCCCUCCUACAAAUGUCCCAGUCAUCCCAGCGUUCAAGUCAUCGACGUUCUCUCCAGCAGCCCUCAAUUCGCCGAGCUCUUCGCUCCGCACUCAUGGACCAGGGACGCCUAUCAUGUCGCGCCCCCCUUCUUCACUUCCCUAUGCGAUUCCAGAAACGUCUGGUGCGGGAGCGAGCUCACGGCCGUGGCCCACCGUGGCGUCCUCCCCACCUUCCGCCGGAUUGGCCGGGCCUCUGAGCGAACCACCACCGUUUGCGGCAUCAUCGUCUGUACCAAGAGGUGUGGGUUCACCUCUUGCCAACCUUAACAGCGGUUCGCCGCACUCUGGAGACUCUGCCGUUGGGUCGCCCGCAAAGCUACCUGGUACGAAGCGAUACUCGAGCAGCUUCAGUCAUCGGAGAGCGCCGUCAGCUGGUGUUUCCGGAACUUCAACACCAGCAGAGAGCGCUACUCGCAGGGCGUCUGUCCGUCCAGAGGGGUCCCCGGCUGCGCAUUCCGGCGAUUUGCCACCAGAACGAUCACGUCCGUCGAGUACUAUUCUCGAUCCUACUAAACACGAGGAUGAACUCUCAGAAUACCUUCGUGCAUUCGAAACUGUACAACCGCUCCGUAGGGCUGGUUUGAAUGACUCUCACUCCUCGGGAUCUGCAUCUCCGUCGGCAGGUCACACUCGGCGCAUCUCUUUGGCGGAACGGAGGCAGAGUCCUUUAAUCGGCCGUAUCGAGCUUCCUCCUCCAUCUCCUCGAUCGCCUCCGGCUCGUCUUCAGGAGCUCAAUUUAGCAGAUCUAGAGGGACGGCAUAACUCAGUUUCCGGAACCGGUAAUCGAAUGCCAUUGUCCCCUCCACAGCAAGACAUAGGCGCUCAGUUGCAAACCAUGGACACCAAUUUCUCUCAAAGUCUUCGUGCUUUGCAAGAAAGAAGGCGUAGUACGAUGAAGGGAACCGUGGGGCAAGAAAGUGGUCAGACUUUUACAAGUGGCAGGGACGUGGAUGCCACUAUGCGAGGUGGCUCUAUCCCUCUCUCGAGCGAAAACUCUUCGCGAGAUAGAAUCAGUGUAGCUCAGCAAGGCGUGACACCCGAGCAGAUUCCAUUAUUCACACCUGGUGCAGAAUCUACUGCGAGUGAUGGUUCUGGCUACGCAGGAAUCGUCGGUCCUCUCGAUUUAGAGUCUCCAGAACUCCGAACCGCCGCGGUGGCUCGGCCGCCACUGUCACAAGCUGUUCGAACUGAUGUUCCCAAUACAUCUGCGGAGAGGAGAUCCAUAGACAGCGAUCGAUCUGACAAGCAAAGUGGUCUGGGGAUCACUACUUCACCCGGAGGCGUAGAGUCCACCAAGAGGACGUCGAAAUACACGUCUGUACUUCGGCGAGACGCGACGAUCCGACCAGGUUCAACGUCUUCGACCGUGACUGGAACCUCUGGAGCAGGAGCGGGAUCAACGUCCUUGUCCACCCAAGCCACUCGACGACCGGCGACUGGGUGGUCGGGCAAUGAGCCCAGCGCGCCUUGA